GGAAUAGCAAUGGCCGUUGAUGGCGCAGUGGUGCGCCGUGAGUGACAGAUACGUGAUCGUCCGCUCGUACGCCGCAUCAUCCCCGGGGAGUCCGCGCGCAUCGCGUCGCAUGAGUGGUAGAAUGCUCGCGCUCGUCUGAGAUAGCGGGAGUGCAGGAGAAGGGAGGAAUAAAGUGCAUGGUGUAUACGCGCGUGUCAGUGAGAGACGGUGAAAGAUAGAGCGAGAGCGGAGCGGCGCGGCAACCCGCCACUAUUCCCGGCGCCGGUGGGAUGAUCAAGGAUAUGGCGGACGAUGAGGCCAUACAGGCCACCAACGACGAUGCCAGCGAGUGCAAGCGCUACGCGGUGCAGCUCGGCUACUGGUGCGACCCGUUCAUCAGCCUGUUCGUCAAGCAGACCGCCCGGAAGGCGCCUGAGAUCAAUCGCGGCUACUACGCCAGAGUCAAGGGCAUCGAGCUCUUCGUCGAAAAGUUCCUCAAGCUGUCUGGUGGUAAAGGUCAGAUCAUAAAUUUGGGUGCUGGUUUUGACACUCUUUAUUGGAGGCUGAGAGAGGCAGGGAAUAGCCCUGCAAAUUUCGUGGAGCUCGAUUUUCCCAGCAUAACUGCAAAGAAAUGUUAUCACAUCAAGAAACACAAGCAAUUAAUCGAUAUGUUAAACACCGAAGAUGGAGAAAUCCGAUUUUCGACCACAGACCUGCACGCCGCGAAUUAUCAUCUAGUUGGUACAGAUCUGCGACACAUAGCGGAGCUAAAUAACAAGUUGACCCAAGCUGAAGUCAAUUUCAAUUUACCCACUAUGUUCCUCGCAGAAUGUGUUCUAGUAUAUGUAGACGCUAGCGCAACCUCGUCAUUGUUGAAAUGGCUGGCGGGCAAGUUCCCGAACAGUCUUUUUGUCAGCUACGAACAGGUGAACAUGAAAGACAAAUUUGGUCAAGUAAUGCUGUCGAACCUCCGCAGCCGUGGGUGCUUAUUGGCAGGCGUGGAAGAUUGCGAAUCGUUAGAGACACAACAGAGACGCUUUACCAUAAACAAUUGGGAGGGCACGAGUGCGUGGACGAUGGUGGAUGUUUAUGAUUCACUGCCUGUAAUGGAUCGUAGUCGAAUCGAGCACAUAGAAAUGCUGGACGAACGAGAACUCCUCACUCAGUUGCUCCAGCAUUACUGCAUCGCCGUCGCUUGGAACGGACAAACGUUUAAAAAUCUGUCUAUAGCACAGGGUUAGGCAUCACACCGCCUAACUUCUCCUCUCUGUGUGUGUCUCUCUCGCGAAGUUACUCCAGGUACUGACGUCAUGUAAUUCAGGCUCAGCGAGCCGUCGUAAAUUACAUAAUGCCGCGAUCGACAGCGGGAGAUUAACAUUUCUCAGAUUGCGCUUAAGUACAUCCCCCAUCGAUUAAUCGACGAGUCGAGAUAGUCUACGUCGUGAGGAAAUAGCGUCCUCGAGUUGAAAUGCUUCUAACUUUUUUCGUCUACAGAAAUGCCGUUAAUAAUUUUUAUAUAUGCUUCGAAUGUAUUCUUCAUCCUUCGUCAAGUGCAUAUUGUACGCAUCGUGAAUUGUUUAACGAGCGCUGUAACGGGAGAAGCCGCGACCGCACGCUGAUUGAAUCGCGCGCGAUACGAGAUACGCAGCUAGCUGAUGUGAACGGUUGGUCGGACAAGGUCUGGCAUCCUUUCGCAGAUGAGACUUCCAGUCAUUCUAAUUUACAUGCAACAUAUCUAAAUUAAUGUGUAAUCCGUAAUUCUAUUUGCGAAAAAUCGUCUCGCACUUUACCGCAGACUUAUGUAUAAAGUUUUACGGUCGUUAUUAUAAUUAUUAUAGAUCGCUGUUGUUAUAUAGUUGCGGCCAAACGGCGCGACAUAGUGCGCAGAGUAAUUUAUUAUAUUAUGAGAUAUCAUUGAGGAUCAGCAGUUCAACACGUUUAUUAUAUUUUUAUCAUCUCGCUUAUUAAUCCAUAUUAUAAUUUCCGAAUAUUAUAAUUUUUUUGUUUUAAUAAAUGAAAGUUGAUUGUGAAGAAUAAUUUCGUAAAAUCUGCAAAAAUCUGCUCUUUUUAUCUGCAUUUCCUUACGAUUAAUGUAAUGUGUACAGAAAGAGUGUAGUCUCAUUUUAUGCAGAUAAAAUCUAUAUAAUAGAAAAAGAAGCUAGGAGGACAUGUAGAAAGUACAGUUAAAAAGAUGCGGAUAUUUAUAUAUUUUUUAUCUUUCCUCGCAAAAUAUGAAAUUCUAUUUUUCUGAAAUGUCCGUACAUAGAAAUUCAAUUCUACGAAAGUCUUAAUAUAUACUCGUAUUAUGAUAUUUGAAAUACAAUGUAAAAUUAUUCCUUAACGCCGCGCGACCCGAUCCUUGAGUGUGUAUUAUAUAUUAGAGUUUAUGAAUUAUUGAGCCAUAAUACGGCGAUUAGUAUUAUGAUAUAAACGCUAUAAGCGACCAGUUUCGUACAGGCGCAAACGCGCAGAGAUAUAUAUAUAUAUAUACAUAUAUACAUAUAUGAGUGAUUAUUUAAGAUAAUAAAAGCAAAUGUAUGCAACGAAAGUAAGAUUUUAAGUGUCGAGCGUGGUGCUCUUGCGAAAGGAUCGACGUGCGAUCAGAUACCGCGCAUUUGCGAAUAUCAUCCUGAAUAAAAAAAAAUCGGCGAUGUGCACUUUUAAUUAAAUCUCAUUUUUUCGAUCUUAGAUGUGGAACCCGUCAUCUUCGCUUCCAUAAAUUGCAAAAUAAAAGAAGAAGAAACGCGUGCCGAUGUUCUUCGAUAUAAAUUAAAAGGAAAUCUGAUCGUUUUACUUCAUAACACGAGAAACGCUUAUGCCAGCACAGUAUUCCGCUUCUUUCUAACACCAAUAACGGAGAGUAUAGGUUCGCACUUAAGCAGGUCACGUAUUGAUAGGAGGGAUCAUCAAAGAUUUAUUUUCAUAUUGAGGAAUAUCAGGGCGACGCGUGUGUAUUCAAUUUAAGGAUAACACGAGAAGAUAUAAUUUUAUAAAAUAUUCGAGUCAUCCUUUUGCAGAUACGAAGCGCAUCUUAUAGGCAGAGCCUCGGAUUUUAUCGUCACGGAGAAAUGAAGCGUGACCAUUGAGAUUGUUUAUCGAGUAUCAGUAGAGGGGCAUUGAUCACUUUUCUGGAAUCUGACGGCCUAUCGGACUGGAAUAGUUCUGUAAUAGCGUUGUACAGUGACCGGUGUGUAUGUGAUUUUGGCGAUUAUACCUCGGACACGAAUGACGAUAACUUCCCAGGUCUGUUAACGAGCGAGUCCUUAUAUAAUCACAAUCUUCUAUCUUGUAUGUGUUUAUUGACUGUUUCUUUCCGAUACUUUUUAGCAUUACGCGAGCAACGGUAACUUAUUAGAUUUAAGAGACGACGAGAAUAGAUUCCACCAGUAAACUGCGUGGAUUCGCAGCAAGAUGUACGGGUGAUACUUCGGUCUCUUGCCCCUUCGACGAGUAAAAGCACAUACCUGGAGUAACAAAUACAUAUAUAAAGAAAAAGAUA